AUGCCAACUGAUUCUUUGCAAAACCUGUCCGACAUCACUACCUUUGUCUUCCCUGCCCCUCUCUCUUCCACAACAUUGGUCAUUGAGUUUUGCGACCGAUGCCGUUGGCUUCACCGAGCAAGCUGGGUCCAGACUGAGCUCUUCCUGACCUUUCCCCCGCCGGUCAUCGGGACCAUCUCAUUGAUACCACUCAACACUGAUGAGACAGCGGGACGUUUUCGAGUGUGGCUUUCAAUCCUCGGCUCCCAAGCUCCUCUGUUGGUGUGGGACAGAAAAGUUGAAGGAGGCUUCCCGGAGCUCAAGGUCUUAAAACAGCGUAUUCGCGACCUUCUGCAGCCAGGAAAAGACCUUGGGCAUUCGGACAGAAAACCGUCGUAG